AUGAGCGGCGAGUCCCCGCUGGCGGUCGUCACUGCCGUCAUUCGAUCCCUCGCGACAGACCCGACGACACACCCCCCGGGCGUUUCCCAAGCCUGCCCGGUCCGGCUCCCCGGCGACGACACCAACGAGAAACGCGACCUUGAGCUUGAGCUUGCCGCUCUUGUCCGUAGAGUUCAACAUCUCGAGGCUCGGGCGAACUCGGCCGGUAACCACACCUUUCCCGAUACGCCAAACGAGACGGCAGAGACACUCUUUGGGGAUGAUAGAAGCCGGCAGCGCCCGAGACUGCACCCGAACCUCCCGCAGAAUGGCCCGAUCGAUCAGGCCGCCCUCGAGGGUCUCCGGGACCAUGUCGACGACCAGUCCAAGCUGCUCGACAGCCAGCGCCAAGAACUAGACGGCGUGAACGCUCAGCUUCUUGAGCAAAAGCAACUUCAGGAGAAGGCAUUGGCAAUGUUGGAACAGGAACGCGUGGCUACUCUUGAGCGCGAGCUGUGGAAGCACCAGAAAGCGAACGAGGCCUUCCAAAAGGCGUUGCGUGAGAUUGGUGAAAUUGUCACUGCGGUCGCUCGUGGUGAUCUUUCCAAGAAGGUCCGCAUGAACAGUGUGGAAAUGGACCCCGAGAUCACAACCUUCAAGCGCACCAUCAACACCAUGAUGGACCAACUGCAAGUCUUCUCCAGCGAAGUGUCUCGUGUGGCCCGUGAGGUCGGAACCGAAGGCAUCCUAGGUGGUCAAGCUCAGAUUGAAGGAGUCGAUGGCACAUGGAAGGAGUUAACCGACAAUGUGAACGUAAUGGCUCAGAACCUCACCGAUCAAGUGCGCGAAAUCGCUUCCGUGACAACGGCUGUGGCUCAUGGCGAUCUCACCAAGAAGAUCGAGCGUCCCGCCAAGGGCGAGAUCCUUCAACUUCAGCAGACCAUUAAUACCAUGGUGGACCAACUGAGAACAUUCGCCUCCGAAGUCACACGUGUCGCUAGAGAUGUCGGAACCGAGGGUAUACUCGGGGGUCAAGCCGACGUCGAAGGGGUGCAGGGCAUGUGGAACGAGCUAACUGUCAACGUGAACGCCAUGGCCAACAAUUUAACCACACAAGUGCGAGACAUCAUCAAGGUCACCACGGCUGUCGCCAAGGGUGACUUAACCCAAAAGGUGCAGGCUGAAUGCAGGGGAGAGAUCUUCGAACUCAAGAAAACUAUCAACUCCAUGGUGGACCAGCUUCAACAGUUUGCUCGCGAAGUCACCAAGAUCGCCAGGGAAGUCGGAACUGAGGGUAGACUAGGAGGUCAGGCCACCGUCCACGACGUCCAGGGAACCUGGCGGGACCUAACCGAAAAUGUCAAUGGCAUGGCCAUGAACUUAACGACGCAAGUGCGUGAGAUCGCCAAGGUUACAACCGCCGUCGCCAAAGGUGAUCUUACCAAGAAGAUUGGGGUCGAGGUGCAGGGUGAAAUCUUGGAUCUGAAGAACACGAUCAACACCAUGGUUGACCGCCUGGGAACGUUCGCUUUCGAAGUCAGCAAAGUCGCUAGGGAGGUCGGCACCGAUGGCACGCUCGGCGGUCAAGCCCAGGUCGACAAUGUGGAGGGUAAAUGGAAAGAUCUCACCGAAAAUGUCAACACCAUGGCCAGGAACCUGACAUCGCAGGUGCGUGGUAUAUCCACGGUCACACAAGCCAUUGCCAACGGCGACAUGAGUCGGAAGAUCGACGUUGAAGCCAAGGGAGAGAUACUCAUCCUAAAAGAAACCAUCAACAACAUGGUUGAUAGGUUGUCCAUAUUCUGUAACGAAGUACAGAGGGUGGCCAAGGACGUCGGAGUUGACGGCAUAAUGGGCGGUCAAGCCGACGUGGCUGGGCUGAAGGGGAGAUGGAAAGAAAUCACGACUGAUGUCAAUACAAUGGCUAACAAUUUGACUGCUCAAGUACGAGCAUUCGGCGACAUCACAAACGCCGCAACGGAUGGCGACUUUACGAAGCUCGUUGAAGUUGAAGCGUCCGGCGAGAUGGAUGAGCUGAAAAAGAAGAUCAACCAGAUGGUGUACAACCUCAGGGACAGUAUUCAGAGGAACACACAGGCUAGGGAGGCGGCCGAACUAGCCAACAAGACGAAGUCAGAGUUUUUGGCGAACAUGUCGCACGAGAUCCGAACACCGAUGAACGGUAUCAUCGGUAUGACCCAGCUCACGCUCGACACGGACUUGACCCAAUACCAGAGAGAGAUGCUCAAUAUCGUCAACUCGCUGGCUAAUAGCUUGUUGACCAUUAUUGAUGACAUUCUCGAUCUGUCCAAGAUCGAGGCGCGGAGGAUGGUCAUCGAGGAGAUCCCGUACACGGUGCGGGGUACCGUCUUCAACGCCCUCAAGACGCUAGCCGUCAAGGCGAACGAGAAGUUCUUGGACCUCACGUACCGUGUCGACAGCUCGGUGCCUGACCACGUCGUCGGCGACUCCUUCAGGUUGCGCCAGAUUAUUCUCAACCUGGUUGGCAAUGCCAUCAAGUUUACCGAGCACGGCGAAGUUAGUCUUACGAUCCAAAAGGCGCAGGCCGUGCAGUCUGGAAACCCAGGCGAGUACGCCAUCGAGUUCAUCGUGGCCGACACGGGUAUCGGUAUUCCGUCGGACAAGCUUGAUCUCAUCUUUGACACCUUCCAGCAGGCCGACGGGUCUAUGACUCGCAAGUUUGGCGGGACUGGCUUGGGUCUUUCCAUUUCGAAACGACUCGUCAAUCUCAUGGGUGGUGAUGUCUGGGUGAAGAGCGAGUACGGCAAGGGCAGCAAGUUCUACUUCACGUGUAUCGUCCGCCUAGCGAACGAGGAUGUGGCUUUGAUCGCCAAGCAGCUCAACCCUUACAAGGGCCACCAAGUGCUCUUCAUCGACAAGGGCAGAACCGGCCACGGGGCCCAGAUCGUGCAAAUGCUCGAAACGUUGGGCUUGAUGCCCAUCGUUGUUGAGUCCGAGAAGAACCCGGCCCUGGACAAGGCCCGCGGCCAAGGCACCGCGCCUUACGAUGUUAUCAUUGUUGAUUCCAUUGAGGAUGCGCGUAGGCUGCGCUCAGUCGACGAUUUCAAGUACCUCCCGAUCGUCCUUCUCGCACCGGUGGUCCAUGUAUCGCUCAAGUCCUGCUUGGACCUGGGCAUCACCUCAUACAUGACCACGCCCUGCAAGUUGAUUGACCUUGGAAACGGGAUGGUUCCCGCGCUGGAGAAUAGGGCCACGCCGUCGCUAGCGGAUAAUACCCGCUCGUUUGAGAUCUUGUUGGCCGAAGACAACACUGUGAACCAGCGGCUUGCCGUUAAGAUCCUCGAGAAGUAUCACCACGUUGUCACCGUUGUCGGCAACGGUGAGGAGGCCGUGGUGGCCGUUAAGCGGAAGAAGUUCGACGUGAUCCUGAUGGACGUGCAGAUGCCAAUCAUGGGUGGCUUUGAAGCGACCGGCAAGAUCCGCGAGUACGAGCGUAACCUCGGCAACCAACGCACCCCUAUCAUCGCCCUGACAGCGCACGCUAUGAUGGGCGACCGUGAGAAGUGUAUCCAGGCGCAGAUGGACGAGUACCUCUCCAAACCGCUGCAGCAAAACCACCUCAUCCAGACCAUCCUCAAGUGCGCCACCCUCGGCGGCCAGCUACUCGAAAAGAAUAGGGAACGCGAGCUGGCACGCGCUGCCGAUGCCGCCACUGGCAGCCGUCGCGAUAACCCGACCCUUGCGGCGGCAUACCAAGCGUCGGCCGCCGCUAAUGCCGCGUCUGCCGCUGUUCGGCCACCGCUGUCUACCCGCGCUAUUACCGCUGCUGAUAACAUCAGUGCCUUGGACAGCCCAUCACUAGUGACGGGCGAGAACGACGAUCCCUUGAAUCGGGCGCGGUCAAGCCUGUCGGAACCAAACAUCCACUCUGCGCAGAUUGGCUAA